AUGUCGCAAGUUCUUUCGGAGAAGCAGUCCUCUAUGAACAUGGAAUCAUCGGACAAGGCUUUGGCUUCUGGUGAGUUGAAAAAGAGUGCGUCCGGUGAGAGGUCAGGGAAGUUGCAAACGGAAAAGAGUGGAGAAGACAUGGAGCGUAGUGGCACCCUGGAGCGAGGCAUGUCCCGUGAAUUGUCCGAAGGGUUGUCAAAUAUCGCUAAGCAGCUUUCUGAGGGUGAUUUGUAUAAGACUUUGGCUUUCGAUGAGGCUCUGAAGAACCAACAAAAGGCUUUGAAUGCCCGUAUCCAGCAGCUGGAAGCUUUUGGUGAGUUACUGGGCACGGAAAUUGAGGCUGCCGACAAGGGCGCAAGUUUGGGGGAGUCGGACUUUGUUAUUGAGACACCGCAUAGUGCAGACAUCGCCGCACUCAGGGAGGAGAUUUCGGACCUGCAUCAAAGCCUACUGGAAGAAAUUCAGGUCCAGAACGAUGCGCUCGAUAUCAUUGUGUCCAAACGCACGGAAGGACGCAUUGUCCUACUAUUCGAACAACUCUUCGAAGAGUCAGACAGAGUCCAACAGAAGCUAGAAGACGCCCAAAAGAAAUGUCAGGAAUAUGCUACUCCCGAUGAAAAGACCGCAAAGAAGAAACUCAAGCUUAAGAAGAAACUGGACGAGAUAAAGAAGAACACCAACCUCCUCUUUGGUUGUGUCGAUGUCCAUCCCGAAAAGCUGUAUGAUUAUAACCACCCAGAUUCCAAGAACAAUCACCACUCUGGAGCUAGGAAAGGGAAAGGGUCAAAAGCCGGAAAGUCUAAAGCCGGAAAGAGCAAGGCAAAGAAAUAA